AUGAACUCAGAAUAAAAAUUACUUAAAUAAUUGGAGAGAGAGUAUCGCAAAGAAGAGAUACUCACCAAGCUUACCAUGAGCAAGUCUGCCAAAUUCCUCAAAGAUUGGCAGAACCUUUAGUAUAACAAGCCUCCAAUUACCUGGUUAUCUUCAAAACCAAUUACAAUCCAUGAUGCAAGUUUGAAGACAAGAGAUUUGCCAGAUCAUAGAUCUAAAGAUUAGAAACAGAAAAUAGCCAUUGAAGCAUUUGUUGUUAAUGAACCAAUAAAGAAUGGGCACGAGGUGAUCUACUCUUAAACUCUGGACUGUGACUAUAUAUUGCAACCAAAAGGAAUGGUAGGUAGAGGGUCAAUGUGCGUUGCCGAACUUUAUGGCAAAAAUAUGAGAAUAAAAGUAGUGUAAACUCUAAUAGAUAAAAAGAAAAAGGAGGACUAGAUUGAAAAAUGGAAAAUUCAGAUGAAAAGGGAGGAAAGCUUUUCUCCUGUCACAAUAACUAGUUCUAGCUAUUAAUCCCCACUAAUGAGAUAAUCAAUGAAUGUCUAAAAUUCCUAUAAAUUAAUGAAUUCACAAACAAUUUAGCAAGACGUGAGAGUAAGACCAUUCACAUCAAAGCAUAAAAGUUUCACACCAAAUAGGUUCAAAAUGCUCAAAGAAGAUGAAAAGGAUCUUUAUAACGUCUUUAAAGAUGCUUAGAAUUUUCUUGGCUAAGAUUUAAUAAAGAAUAGCCAUUUUGAUUUUUCAAAGUAUGAGAUAAAUGAAAUCAAGCAGAAAAAACUGUCCAAGACUAAUAGCAAAAACAAUUAUGAAUCACCCAGGAUAAGUCUGCAGAAAUCUAGGGAAAAUUCUUCCAGAAAUUCUUUUAGCAAGAGAAGAAAAUCUUUUAAUGCCAAAAUUCCUGAUAAGAAAAAAUUUCAGAUAAAGUAGCCGAUGAAUAGCUAUAUGAUUGAUUUACCCUCUGAUUCGGAAGAAGAGAGCAAACAAGAUGAUAGUAAAGUAAUCCAAGAAUAGAAGCUCUUUAAUUUGGAUGUGCUUCUUGAUGAUAAAUAACCUCUAAGAACGUAAUAAAUCAAAUCUAAAUAACUAGCAAAGGUCUCUUUUAAUUUUAAUCCAGAGCCUAAAAAAAGGAAUAGUACAACUCAUCUUUAAAAUUUCUUAUAACUCUCAAAGGGUAAAUUCAAAUCUUUAGAGGGUUAAAUAAUCUCAGAUUUUAUUGAGCAGUAAAAGGAGGAUUCAAGUGAAACAUCCUUCGAGGAUUAUCAGUAGUAUGAGGUUUAGCGCAAUUAAUAUGAAAUUGAUGAUGAACAGAAAAGAUUAAAGUAGAGAAAUAAGAUAAAGAAACUGCUAAAUAUAGAAACAGACAGCAACUCCAGAUUUCAGUCUUCGAAUACACUUAAAAUCAAAUAAAAACUUUAAGACAUAGAAAAUCAUAGUAACUCAAGUGAUUAUCAAUAAGCUGGCAUUAUCAAAUACAAAACUGAAAACUCCAAAUUUAUGCCAAAACUUAAUGAUCAAUAGAGCCAGCCAGAAAGUGGAGCAUUCUCAAGAAAGUCAAGUACUAAUCAUGAAGAAUUAGUUUACUAUAAGAAAGCAGGUGGCUUAUGUGUAGUUAAUAGUGUGGUACCCAAGAAAACAAGAGAGGGUGUAAGCAUUAUGAAAUAAAAAUAAAUGGCAGAUGUAGCAAAUAAUUAUAUGAGAAUUUAGGCAUAACUUCAUAGCAGGAAAAGAACUAAUCUAAGUGUUGAGGCUCAGCUCGCUUUGCAGAAAUCAAGAGGAAGACUAGACUCGGUUUAUCACAGAGGUAAAUAGAGUAUUAUUUACUCAAAACAGCAAUAGUAACAUAAUCAAUAGCAGAUAUAUAGUCAAUAAACAACAUAAUAAUAUCUUUGA